AUGCCGACUCCGCCGACCGAGGAUGACCGCCAGACGCGGAUCAUCCAGUUCGCGGAGGAAUGGGGCCUCGAGCCCCCGCCGUCCCCGACGCCGCUGACGCGCCCCAACAGCCCCCCUAGCUUCCGCACCUCCGAGGACGACAUCAGGGCCGAGGAGCUCCUCAAGCGCAAGGCCUCCGUCCUCGGCCGGACCGACUCCACCACUAACCUGAGGCGCGUCCUCACCUCCAAGAAGACGAAAUGGGACUACAAGCUCGUCUUCGACACCCUCGACCAGCACGUCACCGAGGGCGGAUCCCCCGGCGUCGCUGAGGCGCUCAUCGUCCAGCUUGUCUCGUCCGGCGGCGACGUCAACAUGGCCCAGAAGGCCAAGACGAGCAUCCUGCCACGGAGGAAAAGCCUGGAGAGCUUCGGUGAGCGCAGUAAAUUACUCCAGCAUGCCGUUCACAACGGCCAGAUGGACAUGAUCCAAGUCCUGCUACCUCACGCCGAUCAUUUUGCCCUGGACGCCUCAUUACCGUUGGCCAUGCGCGCGGAAAACGUUGAGAUUGUGGAGCUGCUUUUGAGGUACGGCGCCGGUGUGCUUCGCAGCAGCGAGACGCAGGAGGUUUUCCGACAGGCUUGCGCUUCGGGCCGCCAGGCUGAGCUGGUGUCCAUCGUGCUGCGGUCCGAGGCGCGACCGCCGCCGACGUGGCUGUCUCAGUGCAUGGUGGAAGCGACGAAGGCGGGGUGCUUGACGACGGUUUUGCAUCUGAGUCGGUCUGAUGCCGAUGGCGACUACAACCAAGCGGAGGCGCUCAAGAUCGCCAUCAGCCAGGGACGUCACGACAUUGCGCUCGCGAUCAUCAUGGGCAACCACCCGCCGAAAAGACCAGGCCUGGAUGAGGCGUUCUCGCAACUGCUGGACCACCCGUCGAUGAACCCGAACGACAAGGUUGCGGUCGCCGAGUUGCUGCUUUGUGCGGGUACGGAUGGCGAUGGUCCAGCACUCGCUCUCAUCCAUGCUGCGGCCGCUGAGUUUCAGGACAUGGUCGAUCUGUUGGUCAAGUACGGGGUUUCUAUCGAGUAUCAGGACGCGAUGGCUGUCCGGAAAGCCAUUCAGAACGGACGGGUCGAUGUAGCAUACACGCUGCUGAACGGCAACUCGGAACUCAGCUCAAUGCAUGCUUCAGAGUGUGUCGAGCUGCUCCCGAGGAAUAUGGCAAUCGAGAGCCGCCGACUCUUGCUGGACUUGUUAUUACGGAGGGGUGCGAGCGGGACUGCGCUAGACGACAUGCUCAUCGAAGCGGCCGAGGCCGGUGACGUCGACUCGGUCAAGCUUCUCCUCACCCCCGUGUUCCCGGGAGGCCGACCGGUCAGCGAACAUGACGUGAAGAAGGGGCCCCGAUCGAUGGUGUAUGAACGCCACCAAGUAGCCUCCGUCGACCAUAAGGGUGGCCUGGCGUUGCAGAUUGCAGUGAUGCGAAGUGAUGUUGCGAUGACCAGGGAAAUGCUGAACAGCCAGCCGUCGAGUGAGACGCUGGCGCAGAUCUUCCCCCUCACCAAGACGCUAUCUCGCCAGAACAGGUACCGCAUGGUCGAGUGUUUCCUGACCAGUGGCCUCACCGGGCCGAUUGUGCAUGAGGCGCUGCAAGAAGCCAUCGACGAGGAUCCGAAAUUCAAAGACGAGGAUCUCAUCGGUUUGUUUCUCCAAUACAACACCGACAUCAACGAGAACGAUGGGUCCGCGCUGGUUGCCGCUGUGAUGCAGAAGGAUCUGAGGUUGCUGAACGCGCUGCUGAAGAAGAACGUCACGCCGCAGACCGCCGCCAGCAUUCUGCCCAGGAUAAUUGCGACGCCUGAUCCGCAGACGAGGUUAGACAUGGCGACCUUGCUGCUUACGAACGUGCCGACUCUCGAGUCGGGCAAGGUUUCCCAGGCGAUGCUCAGCGUGUUGAACUACCGACCGGCAGACCUGAAGCUUUUGCAAGUGCUGCUGCUUCAGGGCCGGGCGGAUAUCAACGUAGACAGCGGAAUCGCCAUGGCAUCAGCAAUCCACAGCCACGACCCUCCUGUCCUGGACAUGCUCUUGAAACACGGCAAACCUUCACCACAAACCGUUGGCCGAGCCAUCAACGAGCUAUCGAUGAUGCAGUCCUCCGAGCAGAAGGCGGAGAAACUCGAAAUUCUCCUGUCCAAGACCAAGGACAAGGCCCUGUUCAACGAUGUCCUCGUCAAGGAGGUCCACUCCCUCCUCCAGACAGACCCCGGAAAACGUGAGCUGUCGAUCGUCAAGGUGCUCCUCGAGUCGGGCGCCGACGUCAACUCCCACAACGCCGCCGCCCUCUGCCACGCCGUCGCCGCCGGCGACACCCAAAUCACCGAUAUGCUCUUCGCCGCCCGCCCCAGCCCAGCCUCCCUGGCGUCCGCCCUGCCCCACGCGCUGCGCAUCGCGGAUCCCAUGGACCGUCUCGACUUCUCCGAGAAACUGCUUGAAGCCGGCGCACCGAGUGCGGAGGCAAACCGGGCGCUGGGAUUCGCUAUCAACACAUACACUAAUGAUAUCCCGUUAUUAAGGACAUUAUCACUCAAGGCGAAUACCAGCGACGGCGAGGCCUUGAUCUCGGCUGUCAAAAAGGAGCGUCCUGACAUCGUCGAACUGGUUCUUAAGCAGAAGCACUCGAUACCGAUCACGAAUGACGCGUUUGCGGAGGCGGCCAUGUUGUCGGACAAGGACGCGAGGGCGAGCAUUUGCACACUGUUGCUGGAGCACGGCGCAUCGGGGACGGUUCUAUCUGAUGCGCUGCUUGCUGCCGCUGCGGAUGGCGACUUGGUGCUCGGCAGCAUUCUCGUGAAGAACGGUGCCCAGAUCGACGAGGAGUCCAUUGUGGAGGCAUGCAAGUCUGGUUCUGCCGACGUCUUGGCGAUGCUACUGAGCGGCAGCUCAACGCCUAAAAAGUCGACCAUCGAGCGAGGCUUUCAGGCCGCUACUGAAGUCGGCAAUCUCAAGACGCGAGCUGCAAUUCUUCAGGCACUUUUGCCUCACGGCGUGGAUGGGGAGGCUCUUCAUAUCCAACUGGCGUCCGCCGUCCGUUUUGGGGAUGACGGCGAGGACUUGGUCAAGACCCUGUUGGAGGCUGGUGCGGAUCCGAACUACAACAAGGGAGAGGCGGUAUGGGCUGCGACGAGGAGUGCCUUUCUCAACACUCUGAAAAUGAUGUUGGGUCAGGUUGACAUCGGCACGAAGCUGCAACACAAGCCUAAUCACACCACGCUCAACCGCGCUCUUAGGGCCGCCUGGAAGCUGAGCCGCGAACCACGUGCCGCCAUCAUCGACGCGCUCUUCCGGGCCGGUCUGCCUAUAUCGGAUGACCUCCACGUCGUUCUGAACCAAGCAAUCAACGAGGAAGAACCCGACUUCAAACUCAUCAAGUCACUGCUCCGAUUUGGUGCUUCGCCGAUUGCAAACAACUGCCAGACACUCAUCGACGCGACGAGAAGAGUCAUGGUGCGGCCGCUCGCAAUGAUGUUGGAGUCCAAGAUCCUCGGCGAGGACCUCAACCUCGCAAUCAGGGAGGGCUUCACUAAGGACAACUCAGCGCAAUGGUUCACAGAAACCGGUUUCAGCAUCUUGCACAGCUUCCUGCAAAAGGGUGCUCACGGUGACGGCCUGAGCUCUGUCCUCACCCAAGUCGUCGACAUGCCGCUGUCCGAGUCCGACGACAGCGUCAGCCUCGCCAACGGCUUCGUCGACAUCCUCCUCGACCACAAAGUUGACGUCAACUAUGACAAUGGCAUGCUCUUGCAAUCCGCGGCGGCCGCCUUGAAUGCGUUCCUCGUCAACCGGCUGCUGGAGAAGAAGCCCAACACAGAUUCGAUCUCGCGAGCGUUCUACCGCAUCUUCGACAACCCCACCUCCGAAGACGAAGCUUUGGAGCUAAUUACAAUGUUUACUGACUACGCUGACGGCGAGACCCGACUGGACGUCAUGUACACGCCGCCGGAAUCCAUGCCCCUCCUGUUCCUCGCUAUCUCCCAAUACCCCCGAUCUAUCCGAAUCACGAAGGCGUUAUUGGACGCCGGUUACUAUUACGACCAGAUGAUGCCGUGCAAGGUCAUGGAAGACGUGGACGAAGAGCCCGUCACGCUCAUGAUGUGGGCGCUGCAUCAGGAGCAGAAGAAGGUUAGCAGCGGCAUCAUCCAAAUGCUGAUCGAGACGGGUGCCAAGAUCAACUUUGAGAGCCGCCUAUCUCAGACGACGCCAUUACUACUAGCAAUCCGCAACCGCCGCCCUGACAUUGUCAAGAUGCUGCUCCUCGAGGGCGCCGAAGUGGACGUCUGCGAUGUCAAGGGCAACACGCCACUCACACUAUCCACAGAAGCCGGCGGCGAGCUCGCCAUCAAGAUGAUGUCCAACCUCCUCGCCGCAGGCGCCUCCAGCAACGACGGCUCCCUCCACAACGCGGCGCGCGAGCUGAACCUCUCCGCCUGUCAGGUACUCGUCCAGUACGGCCACGAGCCAGACUUCCCCAGCACCCUCCACGGCGGCCGCAGCGCGCUCGGCGAGCUCGCCUGCCACGCCGCCGACAACGAGCCCCUCACCCCCGCGCGCCAGAAGCUCAUGGAGCGCGUCACCAACUUCCUCAUCGAGGCCGGCUCCGACAUCACCCUCCGCACCGACGGCAAGUCCAUCCUCCUCCUCGCCCUCGACUCCAAGGAGCCCCUCGUCACCAGCCGCACCCUCCUCAAGGCCGGCAUGUGGAAGCACGUCAACAAGAAGUUCAACCAGUUCACCGACGGCAAGAUGACGUACUCGCCCACCAUGUACGUCGCCCACGUCCUGCCCGCGUCGGACACCAAAGAAGCCCUCAUCAAACUGCUGCGCGCCAACCGCGCCGAGGACGUCUACUACUCCAACACGGGCCCGCAGCCCGACGGCGCCUGCGGCAUGCCCGACGAGCUCGAGGCGCAGGAGCGCACCCGCCGCGCGCGCCUCGACCGCCUCAACCUCGAGCAGGAGGACCACCUGCUCUCGAUCGCGCGCAGCACCGAGCUCGCCUCCGUGCAGGCGCAGAUCUGGUCCGCGCAGGCGGAGCUCGAGGACAGCCGGCGCAAGCGCAUCCAGGCGGACGACCUGGUCGCGCUCAACGAGCGCGCGCGCGCGGAAGAAGAAGUGUUCGCGGCGGCGAUGCGGCGCAAGCGCAGCGAGCGCAGCGCGGACCUCGAGCACCAGGCGGCGCUGACGGAGGCGACGAUCACGCGGGCGCGGGCGGUGGAGCUCGCGGAGCAGGACCUGGUCAUGACGCGGCAGAGCAUGCUGCUCGAGUGGGAGAAGCAGAUGGCGACGGAGCAGGUGGACCACGCCAAGGCCAUGUCUGCGAUCCGGGUCGCGGAGCGGGAGGACGUGGAUCGGAUGGACCGCGAGGCGGAGGACCGGUUCCGGACGCGCCUGGCGGAGCAGCGGCGGCUGGUCGACGGGCAGACGAACCUGGCGAGCCAGCUGGCGGGCGCGGGCGUCAACGGGCGGCGGCAGAUUGGGUACAUCACGGGGGAAAUUAAUUAA